AUUGGUUGAUACUCAAGUUGAUUUUUGCUGCAGGAAGAUGGUGAAGAUUCAGGGACGGGACUGCGUAUGGGGAAACGGCUGCUUCGUUCUCUUUGUCUAGUUUUUGGCUGUAUCUCUGUUGCCUCUCUGGCAUAUACUGGCAUUUUGAAUCUGAUUGAAUACGUGGGCGGCUACAUUCCUGCUUUGCUUUACAAUAACCAGGUAUCACCAUUUUCUUCUUGGCAUGAACUCUCACUUCAUAUUAUAGGAUGGAUGAUUUUAGAAAGAAAUUCAUGGCAGUCAAUCCUUACUUUGGAAAGGCAGUGACGAGGGUGAGUACAAGGACAAAAAGAAGAAAUAUAUGUUGUUUGACAAUGAAUUUAGUGUUUUAUUAUAUUUGUAAUUUUUAUUAGAGUAAAUGAUUCUUGUUUGAAUGGUUAAUUAUUUACUUUGUAAAUCUAGUUAUAUAUUUUUUAAGGUCAAGACGAUUAUAAUUUUAAUAAGUUUUGUUAUUUUAAUCUAUAAAUUUUUAGAUUAA